AUGUCCAAAGACCGGCCCGCGUUCCGGUUUAAUACAGACCCACAGGUAAUUUGGCUAAUCUAUCUGUUGUGGCCCCCAGUAAAUGAGCGGCGUGCGGGGAUUUACUGGGGGCCAAUAGAUCGUGACUACGCAGAUGGACGUGCAGUCACUGCUCAUCCUCGGUCUGUGAUCUCUUGGACGUCGCGGGAUCUCUUGGACGUUUACGUCACGGGAUUUGGUUAUUUCUCCUUGGAGGGACAGAAUGGAGAGGGACAGAAUAAAGGGAGACAGAAUGAAGAGAGACAGAAUGAAAGAGAGACAUAG